AUGCUGAAGAGUCUUCGCUGCUAUGUCGGUGCAGCUACGAAUACCGAAGGUCCCCCGGCUAUCGGUGUUACACGACUCUCCCAUCGCCGCUUGAUCCGCCUGUCAGGCAAAGACGCGCCCAAAUUUCUCCAAGGCCUCAUCUCGAACAAUCUCGGCCCCACUACUACAACACCCUUCUACUCGGCAUUCAUGGAUGCGAGAGGGCGGAUGCUAUGGGAUGCCUUCAUCUUCCCAGACUCGAAUCCCAAAUCCGCCGAAUGGACCUGUUUUAUCGAGGUGGACUCCACGGAAGCGGAUAACCUGCUGAGGCACUUGAAGAGGCAUAAAUUACGGUCAAAGAUCCAAUUGCAGCUGGUAGAGGAGGAGGCGGGCGGUGUAUGGGCAUCAUGGCAAAGUGGCGACUCGAACAAUAUACCCGGCGGCCUGCCAGAUCCGCGAGCUCCUGGGUUCGGGCAGCGCAUACUGAUUUCCGGCGAAAGUAUCAAGGGUGGGCCAAUUCGCGAGGUUCUGGACAAGCACAUGGUGGACUUGAGGUGGUAUCAUCUGCGGAGAUAUAUGUACGGGAUACCGGAGGGGCCACAGGAGAUUCCGCCUACCACUGCGCUUCCUAUGGAAUCGAACAUCGACCUCAUGAAUGGCAUUGAUUUCAGGAAAGGAUGUUACGUUGGACAAGAGUUGACCAUUCGGACGAAGCACACUGGGGUGGUGAGGAAGCGGAUACUUCCGGUCCAGUUAUACCGUGGCAAUGAAGUACUGCCGACGGCGGAGACACCAGCUUUCGACCCUCAAUGGACCUUUGACGAUCCUUCAAAUGAGGUCUCUCAGAGCAAGGAUAUAAAGCAGCUGAGCGAUGACGGCACGAUUAAGAAGGGACGCGCCGCAGGGAAGUUACUAGGCAAUAUCGGAAAUGUUGGUCUGGCUCUGUGCAGACUGGAGAUGAUGACGGAUAUUCGGGUCAGCGCUGAGGGUGGCAGCUGGAGACCUGGAAUGGAGUUUGGUGUCCAAUAUCCCGAAGCGCCAGAUGCAGACAUCAGAGUCAAGCCUAUGGUUCCAGCAUGGCUAAGAGAACGAGAGCAGCAGAUGUGGUCGAAGCAAAAGGCAAACUAAUUAGCCUCCUCACAUAUGACCAAAUACCAUCGAAUAUCAGGCAUCCGCAUCAAACCAAAAUUGCAUGAAAUGCCGCUUUAAUAUCCGUGC